UCUCUUGUCCGCGUCCAAUUCGUGCACCGCCAGCUGCGUUAACGAUCUGCUGUUUGUCCGGACGUGUCCGUCUCCGUGUGCGAUAUGACCUCAGAACACGUCUUUCUGUCCGCUUUGCAGCCGAACACGCCGGUCACCACCUAUGGACUCCCGUUGGAAAACCGAAUCGGAGCCGGAAGCUCGUUGGACGAGAGCUCCAAAGCGCAGCGGGUCCAGCAGCAGGUCCAGAGGAGGCUGGCCGAGAAGUCCACGCGCCAGUACGCCGUGUCAGAGUAUGGCGGAUCCUCACCAGCGAAAUAUCAGACCUACAACCCAAGUUUCAGCUCAAAAUCUUCUUUUAUGUACACAGGCUCUGGCACAAUGCCCACAAGCCAGCGCAUGACCCAGAGAUAUGGCUUCAGCUCCAAGUCUGCUGCGCCAGAUAUGAACCAAAUGCACAGGAUCAGCGUUGGAGGUGGAGGUGCUAGUUUUUAUCAAGAUGACACACAUAUAGGGGGUUACCAAGGGACCAUCAGGAACCGCAUGACCAUGACGCAGAUUCCUAUGGGCCGGGCUGAAAUGGAUUCUUCUGGGCAUUCUAUGCGCCAGCUUCAAGGUCAUAUAAACGCAUGGUUGCCCGAUAGCGAUGCCGCCAGUAUAGCCUCAGAACGAGAUGCCACCUUCAGUCCACAGUACAGUCAAAACACACUCAAUGGCUUCACCAGUCAGUUGAGGCAAGGAGGCGGCACCAUGACCUAUCAGCCAUCCAUGCGCCGAUCUCUUAGUGGGACACUUUCUGGAGGCCAAGAGAUGGCUGGAGGCGAGACGAUGAUCGUCCACACUUCUCAGUCUCGCAAAGGGCCAUCGUACCGCACCAUAAACAAGCUCAACCAAAGGAACAGGAUGACUAUGGGGUCCGUGUCUGGGGCCGGCACCAUGCAGCACCAGAUGUCUUUAGGAGGAAGCAGCUAUGGGACUGGAGGGUUCAUCGCAUCUGGAAUGGCCCCUGGUUCCCAAUGCAACCUAACGAUGCCACGCCAAGGCACCAUGAAUCGUGCCUUUUCAGUCAAAAGCAUGCAAAGCGUGGGCAAGGGCAUGGACGUCUUUGAUGGGCAGGAGAUGGGAGCCAGCUUGGGCAACCUCAGUGGAAUCAAUAACUUGGACAUGGCCACGGCAGUGCAGUACCUGAGAGAGUCCGACCCGAACCUGCAGGUCCUGGGGGCCGCUUAUAUUCAACAUGAGUGCUACAGUGACACUGACGCCAAAAAUGAGGUGCGUCGCUACAAAGGCAUCAGUGAAUUGGUGAAACUGUUCAACUGUGACAACCAGGAAGUGCAGCGUUAUGCCACUGGUGCCACCCGCAACCUCAUUUACGAGAACAUGGACAACAAAGUGACCCUGAUCGAAGAGGGCGGCAUCGCACAGCUGGUGGAGGCUAUGAAGGAGAACGAUGACGAGCUCCUCAAGAACAUCACUGGUAUCUUGUGGAACCUUUCAUCCAAAGACAACCUCAAGGAGAAACUGGCCAAGGAUAUACUUCCCGAACUGACCGAGAAGGUCCUGAUUCCACUGUCAGGUGGGGGUGAGACCGAAACCAUUCAUCAGACGCCCUCUGAGGCCGACAUCUUCUACAAUACCACAGGAUGCCUCAGGAACCUGAGCUCUGUGAAUGAGAAGACCCGUUACCAGAUGAGGGAAAUGCGGGGACUUGUAGAAUCUUUGGUGCGCUACGUCAACCUCUCACUUGAGGAAAACAAGGCAGAAGACAAGGGGGUGGAAAACUGUAUGUGUGUCCUGAGGAACCUCUCCUACCAGCUCUACAAUGAGAUGCCUCCAUCUGCUGCUCUCCGCCUGGAAGGACCAACCAGAGGUCAGGUUUCAGGAAAGGGAGAAGCUAUUGGCUGCUUUACACCUCAGGGCCAGAAAACCAAAAAGAUUAGGAACCUGGACCUUUCCACUUUCAGCGAGGUUGCUCGGGAGCCCAAAGGGAUGGAGUGGCUGUGGCAUCCUCAGAUAGUCAAGUUAUACAACCGUGUGCUGCAUCAGUGUGAGAUUAACUCCACCACCCGUGAGGCUGCUGCUGGAGCUCUGCAGAACAUCACUGCUGGAGAAAAGAGGUGGGCGUCAGUACUGAGCCAAGUGGCCUUGGAUCAUGAACAUAUGCUGCCGGUGUUGUUGGACCUCCUGCGCACCAACAAUGACCUGGAGCUGCGUUCACUCACUGGAUUCCUCCGAAAUCUGUCCCGUCAUGCCAGGGACAAGAAUGAUAUGGCCACUAAGGUGGUGAACAACCUUGUGACCAAGCUGCCUGAAGAUGGCUACCAGAAGCAACCUUCCAGCGAAGUGGUGGUGAACAUCUGUGGUGUUCUUAAUAACCUGGUGACGAGCAGCCAGGUCGCUGCCAGGGAUAUCACCUUCUUUGAUGGCCUGACGAAACUGACGGCAAUAAAGAACUCCCAUGACAACAGCACUUCAAAGAUAAAAGCAGCCAAAGCAGCAGCCACUGUCCUCAGCAACAUGUUCCAGUACAAGAAGCUGCACAAAGACUACAAACAGAAAGGAUUUACCAGGUCUGAUUUUACAGAUUUGACAGUGUGAGACGAAGACAAAAUGGGCUCAGGUUUGAUCAGCCUUCUUUGUAAUGGACAUGUAAGUGAUGAACUUCAGGUGGAAAAGGACUUGUACUUUUAAACCGAAUGGACAUCUGUGCAUUGCAGCUCAAUUUAAAAUGCAGAUCCAGGACUACUGAUGCACUCGUGCAACUUAGAAAUUUUUCUGUCUUAAUGUGGAAUCGGGGAUUUUAUCAGAGCAACAUGUAUCCAGAUGAAGUUGCAAUAAGCAGCUGAUUUUGGAAACCAUUUCAAAUAAAACCAAUGGACAAUCCGGUAGAGACUUUGCACCUUGUUCUCUCAAUGCUGCACCUCAUACUAUAAUAUAUUUGUAACUUUUUUUUAAGGAAACUGGAUAAAUUGUUAUCUGCUAUGUACAUUGUUUUUGAUGGGGAAUAUGUUCUAUCAAGAACAUAAUUUGAGUUCAGUUCAUAGCAGUUAGAAUUGAACACCCAAAAUGAUUUAUUCAUAUACAGACUGCUGACAUUUUGACAUUAGUUUGUGAUUACAAAUCUGGGAAUAGUGGUUGGGCUUUUUUAUUAGCUUUAUGUAAUUUGACUCUUCAAAUUUUAUUACUGUCAUACAAAACUAUGUGCCAUUUGUGUUGUAUUUCAUUAAUGUUUCUGUGAUUAAUGUAUUUUUUUUAACAUGAGUGAAAGCAUAUUCUCAAUAUGCAAUGUUUAAGAUGUGAGAGAUUAUUGACUUUAGAAUUAGCUGAUGUUUUGUCCCUGUUGGUGUAGUACAGUUUGUCAUUGUCAAAGGGAAACCUAGAUUUUUCAGUCUAGGCUGUUUUUAAAUGCAUCUUUUCCACUCGGGACAAAACAAACUUCAACAGGUCCAUGACUGAUUUAGAGAAUAAACACUGUCAGCUACAUAAUGCAAUUACACCCCUCAGUCUAACAAAGCUUACAGUAAACAGCGUCUUGUCACCACUGAAUAGGCGAAAGUGCCACUGAAGUGUGCAGUAGACUGGAUAGGAUCCCUUCAGAGAUAAAUGUGUGCAAACUUUUAAAACUACAGAUUACCUUAACAAUAGUCAUUGUUAAUCAUUUCUUUACCUUUAGUGAGGUAAACAUGCUAUCAUUAACCUUAAUGUUCCUGUGCAUGCUGCCAGACACUUCUAUUCAUUAGCAUUAAACAGUUUGCUGAGAGUGUUUUAGCCUGCCCUGUGUACCAACAUUGUAUAGUCAUUUAGUCUGUGAAGUGUUUGCGUUCUAUUUAACAUCGUGUUUGUCCCGAGUGAAAACAUGACCCCUAAAAACACCUAAAAAUAAAGCCUAGGUUGAAAAAUUACAGCGUAACCCUUUAAAAUUUAGCUUUAGCAUUUCUUCAAAACUCCAUUAUCUUCUGAUGGAAACUGUAAAUUGCAAAUAUCACUGUGUCAUUUCCAACAAUAAUGUGUUUCUGUAAUUUUACAAAUGAUGGCUGUUUUGUUUGCUUUUGUUGUGUGCUGGCAGACGCAUCACCUGGAUAUUUUUUCAGUCAAUAAAGUGAGACUAAC